UGAUUGUGUACACACCCAUCAUAAGUGUGAUUUUAACGCAAUACUAGACGUAAAAAUAGGAUUUUCUUGGCGCCAGGGACAGGACCAAAGCUUAAUGCUUCAUGGUUCUUCCCGGCGCUUCUCUUUCCCCUCCCAUCUCCACCAGCCCCAUCUUUCCUUCGCACGAUUUUUCUGCUGUUGGAUCACUCCUCGUCUCCACCAUCAAAUCAAUGCCACAUCACCCCAAUUCUCCAUCACUACUCGCAAUGAAGUUCUCGACUUCUUCGCUGACCUUCUUCAACAAUGCGCCACCCUUCAACACUCUAAACAGAUUCAUGCCCAAAUCAUCCUCACAUAUGCGCACCGGUCUGCGUUCUUGGCUGCCCGUCUCCAGUCAAUCUAUGCCCGUUUUGGGUUUCUUGCUGAGGCCAGAAGAGUAUUUGAAACCACCCCAUUCGAGUGUGCCUCAAACCUGCUUCUGUGGAACUCAAUCCUAAGAGCUAAUGUGUCCCAUGGAGACUAUCAAGAAUGUCUUAGGCUUUAUGUUAGGAUGCGGAAACUUGGGCUCGAGGCUGAUGGGUUUACUUUCCCUCUGGUAAUUAGGGCCUGUGCUUUGAUGGGCUGUUAUAAUUUGUGCAAGAUUGUUCAUGGUCAUGUCAUACUGAUGGGUUUUCAAUCUCAUCUUCAUGCCGUGAAUGAAUUGAUGGGCAUGUAUGGGAAGCUCGGGCGAAUGGACUUUGCACGCCAACUAUUUGAUAAAAUGGCUUGUAGAAGCUAUAUUUCCUGGAAUACUAUGUUUUCUGGAUUUGCGCUUAACUAUGAUUAUGAUAGUGCUAUUAAAAUGUUUCAACGAAUGGAGUCAGAAGGGUUGGAGCCGAACCUUGUGACAUGGACUUCUUUGUUGUCGAGUCAUGCCCGUUGUGGUCGCCAGGAAGAAACUAUGGAGUUGUAUGGAAUGAUGAGGAUGAGAGGAAUUGGGGCCACAGCUGAAGCUCUUGCCGUUGUACUAUCUGUUUGUGCUGAUUCAGAUUUCUUUGAAAAGGGUAAGGUGAUUCAUGGAUAUGUUAUAAAGGCAGGUUUUGAAGAUUAUUCAUUUGUAAAGAACUCGCUUGUAUGUGUUUAUGGGAAACAUGGGCAUGUAACAGAUGCAAAAAAUCUGUUUUUGGAAAUGGAAACCAAGAGUUUAGUCAGUUGUAAUGCUUUGAUAGCAUCCUACGCAGAGUCUGGAUUCUGUGAUGAGGCUUUUGCAAUAUUUUCACAACUGGAUAAUUGGGAUACAUAUCCCAAAGUGAGACCGAAUGUGAUAAGUUGGAGUGCUGUUAUAGGUGGCUUUGCUUCCAAGGGGCGAGGAGAGGAGUCCCUACAACUCUUCCGGAAAAUGCAGAUUGCUAAAGUAGCGGCCAAUUGUGUAACCAUUUCAACUGUUCUAUCUGUUUGUGCAGAGUUGUCGGCAUGCAAUCUUGGUAGGGAAAUUCAUGCUCAUGUAGUCAGAGCUUUGAUGGAUGGUAACAGUUUGGUUGGUAAUGGAUUGAUUAACAUGUACACAAAAUGUGGAAGUUUCAAGGCAGGAUGUUUGGUGUUUGAAAAUUUUGAGGAUAAGGAUUUAAUUUCAUGGAAUUCAAUGAUUGCAGGGUAUGGGAUGCAUGGAUUUGGUGAAAAAUCUUUAGGAACUUUCAAUCAAAUGAUUGAAGCUGGAGUGAAACCAGAUGGCGUCACUUUUGUUGCUGUUCUUUCUGCUUGUAGUCAUGCAGGGCUUGUUGCUGAAGGUCGUAAAGUUUUUAAUCAGAUGAUUAGAGAUUUUAGGAUUGAACCACAGUUGGAGCACUAUGCUUGCAUGGUUGAUCUUCUUGGUCGAGCCGGAUUUCUGCAAGAAGCCAGUGAAAUGGUGAAAAGCAUGCCAAUGGAGCCCAAUGCCUGUGUAUGGGGAGCUCUUCUCAACUCUUGUAGAAUGUAUAAAAAUACAGAAGUUGCUGAAAGAACUGCCUCUCAUAUAUUCAGUCUCAACUCAGAGAUGACUGGGAGCUACAUGCUGCUGUCUAACAUUUAUGCUGCAUGUGGGAGGUGGGAAGAUUCUGCUAGGGUAAGAAUCUCGGCAAAGACAAAGGGUUUAAAGAAAAUUCCUGGGCAGAGUUGGAUUGAGGUCAAGAAGAAGGUUUAUAUUUUCUCCUCUGGGAAAACAAUGCAUGUGGAUUUGGAGGAAGUUUAUGGGAUCCUUGAGGAAUUGGCACUUCAAAUGGAGAUAGAAGGCUAUACACCCAACAUAAGCUUUGCUUGCCAAGAUGAUGAUGAGACUGAUAUGAUUUGGGAACAAUGACCUGUUAACCAUUGCUUUUGAACUUGUUAAUAUGUCCCCGAAUAUGCUGCUGCAGGGUCACGAAAAAUCUUCCUGUCUGCAGGGUUUGCCAUAACUGGACUGAGUUCUCCAUAACUGGACUCAAUUCUUCUAAAUGGUGAUGGGAAGCAAAGUUAUUAGAGAAAUGCAUCAUGUCUAUUUUGUGGAUAGGUGGUGUUUUUGCAAAUAUUGUUUUCUCUAAUGUUAAUUUUGGGCAUUCUCAAAGCAAUACUGAUUGGAUAAGAGAACUAGUUAAUGGCAGUUGAUCCAUCAGACUAAAGUUCAAAGAAAUCAACUAUAUUUUCCCCCUGGAGAUGGACCCUUGAUGAUGCAUUAUAUUUUUACUUCAGGCACUUUGAUAUUUUGAGCUCGUCUUAGUUUCAGAUCUCUGUAUUGCGUUUAGUCUUUCACUGUCCUUUUGCAAUACACAAUCAUGUUCUGCAGUUUCAGCAUUUUCGAUGAGGACCAAGUUCAUUGUGCAUUCUUGGUGGAUCUGGUCUAGUUGCUUGGACUCUUAGGGGCUGCCUGGUCUUGAAGGAGACUUUUGCGCUGGCAGUGUUAUAUGGGCAAAGGUUUACCAUCUACUUGUACCAGAUUAAAGUGAUAUAUGUACUUAUUAUUCUCAGCAAAGAAAUGGGAGAAAAAGAAAGGGAAAUGCUUAGAAGUGCUCCGUUUAUCAUUCCAAAAGCCCAAUAGAGGAGGAUAAUUUGGGAAACACAACUGUUAUAUUCCGGGAACAGCAACAUCAAGGGUUGUUACGCUGCCAUGUGUGAGUUCUACCCUCAUUGCACAUGUCAAUGGUUUGACCAUCCUCGUAUUUAUGGCUGAAACGAAAAAAGAAUGAGAACCCAUGGCCUAAAAUCUCAAUACCCUAGAUUUUUGAAGUUUUUCAGAUGCCCCCUUCCAAACUGAAAAAAAUAAGCAAAAAGAAACCCUUCCAACCAGGGGACAGAGAAAAUGAGCUAUGUAAACUUGAGUUGAUGUGGCACUGAACAUCCACAAGUAUGCCAUUUGCCAUGUGAAAACAACAGUAGCUUGAGAUGGUGCACUAGUUUAAACUGCAAUAUAAGUUGUUACAUAGUCAAUUAGCCCAAAUCCCAUAGUUGUAUACCCUAAGCUUGCAAUUAUUCUUUUUUUUUUUUUUUUUCUAUCCUACUCUGUAUUUGGUCAUUCAUGCAAUCGUACCACUGUUACUCUC